UGCCGCGGCCGGCGACUGACGUGUUCGUUCCUGCGAGCCGCGCGCCCGUCUGACCGCCUCGUGGCCGUGCCGCUGGCUCGUUCGACUGCUUCGGAUGCAGUGCGCGCUGACCGGACAGAGAAACGACGUUCACCAGACCUCGGCCAUGGAGCGGCGACCGCCUCGGAGCUUCUUUUCCAGUAAAAUAGUGCUGUGUAUAGUGACCUCUUACAUCCCCACCUCCGAUCAGUGAAUUUGUGUAACUAACGAUAUCGUUGAACAGGAACAAAAACGACGCCCGUGCCAUCUCGUUCUAGACCAGUAAAGACCAGGUUCCAUGACAGAAGGGAAGAGACUGUAAAGGAACCUCCGUUUCACCUACUCGCCAUCGGACUGAAUUCACGAGACUUGGGCUGGCAACCCGUGACGGCAAACCGUUAGGAGGUAGUCCACUGGGCCCUCUACAUCUUCCGGGUUUCUAAGCUGCAGCUGCACCCAACGACGCCCGUGAGAGCGGUCGAGGCGUGUGAUGUAGCAGGGGAGCCAUGGCGCCGAGUAUGAGCUGGUCGUCGCUCGUCGUGGUGGCGGCGGCGGCGCUGGUGGCGGCGACGGGCCGCGCGAGCGCCCAGCCGGGCGACUGGUCGUCCAACUGCCCGCAGGCGUGCAAGUGCAAGUGGGUGUCGAGCCGCAAGACGGCCGAGUGCACCAACGCCAGCCUCAGCGCCGUGCCCGCAGACCUCAGCCACGAGGUGCAGGCGCUCUACCUGUCGGGCAACGUCAUUCCCGCCAUCACCGACAACGCCUUCCGUGAUGUUAAGUUGGUAAACCUGCAGAAGCUGUCCUUGCAUGACUGCAGCAUAAGAGAAAUUGGGAAACGUGCUUUCAGUGGACUGGAAUUAUUAAUAGAACUGGAUUUGUCAAACAAUCAAAUUGUUGAACUUCACCCAUCAAUGUUCGAUGACAACUUCAGAUUACGUGUUAUCUAUCUUGACCAUAACCAGAUACAGAAGGUUCCUGAUGGGAUCUUCAGGGAACUCACUUUUCUGCAGACAGUACGCCUCAAUGAUAAUCAGAUUGAACAGAUAGGCUACAAGGCCUUCGUAAAUGUACCAGACCUGCACACAUUAAGGCUUGAUUCAAAUCGUCUGGCAACCUUGCAUCCAGAACCAUUUUAUCCCAUGCAAAAGUUGAGAUCACUCGAACUGCAUGACAAUCCAUGGCGAUGUGAUUGUCAACUGGCUCCAUUGCGUGAAUGGACACUUGAACAUAAGCUAAACACCCAAGAUACACAGUGUGAAGAACCAGAGAAACUGAAAGGCAUGCUUUGGAAAGAGGUUGCAACUGAUCAGAUGGCAUGUAUGCCGAGGAUUGUAUUUCCACAACAAGAUGCUACAUUUGAAGCAACGGGCGGUGAAGUUACAAUGUCAUGCCAGAUUGAAGGGAACCCACCACCAACAGCUCACUGGGUUCAUGAGUCACAAAUCCUGUCCAAUAACAGUGACAAGUUUAUCAUUCAUGAAGGACUUGGUGGUUGGCUAAACAUCACAUUAUGGGAAGCUGGACCAGAAGAACGUGGGGAAUACACAUGUGUUGCAAAGAAUGAGGCUGGUGUGGACGAACGCAGAUUGAUUUUACUGCUGGACAGUGAAGACCCUUUGAUUUUGGGAAAAGACAGUGCCAGUGGCAGUAGUGGAACUAACAUGGAGUCCUCACAUUUACCUCUCAUAGUAGCUCUUGGGGUUGGAGCAACCAUUCUUGCAGCACUUCUCAUAGGAUUGUCAUGCUGGCUGUGCAGAAGUGGUCGAGUAUGCUAUGUAAAGAAGGUGGCUGGUGAUGGUUCUUUAUCUGCUAGCAACCAUAAUGGUGCUUCGGAUGAACAGGAGAAAGGCCUUAUUACAAAAAUAAACCCUGUCCAGAAGCCUCCAAGGCGUAUUGAUUCGGCCUCAUCCACAGGAGAUCUCGCUGAAGUCAAAAUGACAUUGAUUGAUAAUGGUUCUGUCCUGUCCCCAAGUGUCAUUGACAGUGAAGAUCCAAUCCAAGAGCGGUCCUUGGACUCUCUGGACAGCUCAUUGUGUGGUGUAAGCAGCCACAGGCCACGUGGGCAGCCAGACCUGCUCUCAUUCCCAGGCCAGGUGUCUCCAGCUGGCAGCUCUGCUUCAACAGUUCCUGACAGUACACGACUACCUCCACAGCAUGGGCCUCAGUCACCACCUCCUCAGCCGUAUGUGAUGGUGACUCCGCACGCAUUUGGAACACUGCCGUAUUCCCGUUCUCAGUCUCCAUUUUCACCUGCAGCAAUUGCUGUUCCACCGCGUUCUGCAAACGGUUAUGUGACAAUUCCAAGGAGGCCACGUGUCCCUUCGUGGAGCAGCCCUCCAACACCUCUUCAGUUACAGCUGGAGCUACCGCCCAGACUGCCUGUGUACGACAAUUUGGGACCACGCACUACUGCUGAUGGCAGUUCUGUACUGUCCUUAAAUCGUGCCGGAUUGCCACCCUAUUAUUCCCCUGUUCCUCCGACAGCGGAGGAGCCGGGAUGGACACAGAGAUCUGUAACAGAGAGUGUCUCAUCACAGAACUGCCUUGAAAAUGAUGUGGCUUUGACAGACUCACCAGCAACUCCAAAGAGUGUAAAGGUGCCACCGAAGCCACCACCAAAACCAAAGAAAAAGCCAGCAGAUGCAGUGUCGGGCCCACUGUAUGAGGAUGAAGGUGAGGAUGGUACUGAAGUGUAGGUUGGUGCAACAUUUAACUGACUUCCUGUUUAAUAUGAAGAAUGUUGUGAAACUGUUGUGUAGCCAGUAUUUCAAAUGUUCUUGAUACAAGAACAAAAGGAGAGAGAGAGGGUGAGAGACAGACAAUCGACAGUCUGAUGUUGGUGAAUGCUAUUGUGUGUUCCUCAGGUGUUAGAACUAACAUGGAGGGCUCGUGACACAGGGUAUACAUUAAGAACUUUGAAAUGUUAAACUGUUUUUAAGUGCCUUCUGUUAUUGUACAUUUGAAACGAUAUAACUAUUUUAUGUGACUGGAGAAUGAUUCUGUGAUUAAAUGUAGACUUUAAAAUUGUAUAUAACAUACUUUUGUCUUUGUGCACUAAAAUUGCUACUUCUAUUCAGUAACUUGAAAGACAUGGAUAUAUAUUUGAGAGUAUUUCUAUAGAUGAAACACAAAUUACUUCUUUGCAGAACAUGAGGAGAGCCCCUGUAACUAAGAAAAAUAAGUACUGAUUAUAUAAAAUAUGAUUUGAUACAUUUUGAUUGUUCAUAGUUUUAUUCAAAACUGACAACUCUAACAGAAUUUCACAAGUGGAAAUUUUGCAUGAGUUUCCAAAAAUUACCACAGCAGUUCACAGUUACGACUUCUAUCUCAGCAGUAAAGAAAUGUUUUUUAUGAAUGUCAUUUAACAAUUUUUUCAUGAGUAGAAACACAUGAUUUUAUUUUCAUGGAAGAGUAUGACAAAUGAUUAAAGAAGUGUUUGCAGUUCUGAGCCUGUUAUAUCAUUGGGGUUCAUUACGAAAACCGCAAAUCUAGCAUUUAUUUUUCUGCUGUUUUGGGCUUCCAAAAGAAUAUAAGCAUGUUCAGCUAAAUAAAUGUUUCAUUUAAUAUUAUAUUUGUCAGUAUAUUUUAUAAGAAAUGGCAUUUUACUGAGCCAAUAGUACGGAUAAAUGAAUUAUGCAUUUUUUU